CGUUUCCGAUUUUAAAAUUAUUAUGACAGAUGAAGUUCCGUCAACAACAGACAACACAGCCCGUUCGGACACCGAUACUGAUUCGGAGGAAAACAUGAGUAAUCCGACGAAAUGUGUGUUGUUAGCGUGUGGAUCGUUCAACCCGGUUACAAAUAUGCAUCUGAGAAUGUUUGAGAUUGCUAGAGAUGCUUUACAUAGGACACAAAAAUUUACAGUUAUAAAAGGAAUCAUUUCUCCAGUUAGUGAUGGAUACAACAAAAAGGAUUUACUGCCAUCCAGUCACAGAUGUGAGAUGCUGAAGCAAGCACUGAAGUCCAACAACUGGAUAAAUUUAGACACAUGGGAAUGUGAACAAUCCAAAUGGUUAGAAACCGCGAAAGUUUUGAAGUACCAUCAAGCCAAAGUUGACAGAGAGUACACCACCAAGACAAAACCAGCGCCAACAAAGAAGAGGAGGAAAGAUCUACGGAAUGUUCACAUCAACAGCAAUGACAGUGAAUAUGAGGAAAUGACAGUUGAUGACCAUAAUGCAAUAAAUGCCGCCUUGAAGAAGGACAGUGUUAAUGUUAGACUUCUUUGUGGAGCUGAUCUGCUGGAAUCCUUUGGAACUCCUGGACUGUGGGCUGACAAAGAUAUUGAAGACAUAGUUGGAAAAUAUGGACUUGUUUGCAUAACAAGGGCAGGUUCAGACCCAAGAAGAUUUAUAUAUGAAUCAGAUGUUUUAACCAAAUAUCAGGAAAAUAUCUUUAUAGUGACUGAAUGGAUAUUCAAUGAUAUUAGUUCAACAAAAAUCAGGCGAGCGCUGAGGCGUGGUGAGAGUGUGAAGUAUCUUUUACAAGAUGUUGUGAUAGACUAUAUUAAGGAGAAUCAUCUUUAUGGCGUCGAGGACAAUACAGCUUUCGACAGGGGAUGUUCCAACAUCGCCGGGUGGAAAACCAAUGAAUAUUUGCUUUUGUCAAAACCCAAAGACUCGCUAUGUACUGUGGUAACAUUGUCUACUAUGACUGCAAUAUUUACCCCUGUUCUGCUCAGCCCUAAUGUCAAAUUAAACAUUCUAAAAGUGCUUACUUUUUGCCUUUGUGAAUAUUUGUGUGUAUUUUCUUUGUUUUGACGUUCUAAUUAAGUGAAACAAUCUGUUUGUAAGUGAUUUUGAAGCAAUUUUUUUUUCAACGUAAUACAUGCUUUAAGAGAUGUUUUUUCGUGUUUCACUAUUAAUGAAUGUGGAACAGAUCUCUUUUUAUCAAUUAUGAAAUGCAACAGGAGCAUGUACAUUUUCAAAAAGCAUGUACAUUAUUGUUACAUUGAAAGGGACAAAAAUUAGGAAAUUAUGUUCAAGUAAAAUCUAUUUGUACAAUGCAUAUUUUUUUACUGUACUUAGUACUUUCAUAACUUUAAGAUUUUUAGUGGGGUAAUGAAAUACAUAAAGAAUAAUACAUUCCUUUUUCCAUAUCACAUAUUGUGUAUCAGCCCGAGUCACCAAUAUCAGCUGAAGGGCUGAAGGCUUGAGGGCUGAUAUUGGUUGAGGGCUAAUACACAGUGCAUCAUGGAAAAAAGUGAAUUGUGACAACAGUUUGAAUACUGAAACAGAAAAUGGUCGGUAGUUGUUUUACAUAUCAAUUAUGGGGAUGAUUUUUUUCCUUGUAGUAUAGUAUAGAGAUACCUUCAUAUUGUAUGUUAGGAUUUGUGAUACACAGUGUAUCACAAGGUACUUCCUAUAGAUUAUCUAUGAACAAUUUUACUCAAAGUGACUUCUGGCAAUCCAACUGACAAGAAUUCUUAAUUCUACCAUGGUUAUCACAAAGAUCAAGGAGAUGCCAUGGCCAUUAUUCUCCAAUAAAUCACAAAUGUCAUCAGCAAAUUAUCAAUAAUUUUAAAUCGGUAUAUUCCUCUAAUUUUGACUGCCUUCACUAGGAAAAGGAUAGAGGCAACUUUUCAUUGUGACGCAAAUUGGUGGGCAAAAAUUUACUUUGGGUUCCAAAACAUUGCACUUUUUCUAAUGCUUGAGAUACAAAUAAACGAGGAUAGCGUUCAAUUGUGACAUCAUGAGACACUUCUGAUGACAUCCUAAUCUAGCUUCUGCAUUUCUCUAUAGAGAAGUUUAAAAUAUUAGAAUAUUAGAAUAGAAAUAAUUCCCUUGUUGUCGGAAUUGUUGGAGAAUAUACCCCUCAGUCUUGAGAUUUUGUUGGCAAAUAAAACCUCACCCUUCGGGCUUGGUUUUUACUUGCCAACAAAAUCUCUCAACUAUCAGGGUAUAUUCGCCAACAAUUAUUUGUUAAAUAAAUAUUCUAUUGCUAUAUGUGCACUCUGUAUUUAUAUGUAUUGUAGCUAGUUUAGCAGUGUCCAUAUAUAAACAUAUGUUACAUUAUGUGUUCUUUGAAGUUUAAAAUAUAAAAUGCUGUGAAAUGAAAUCAACUAAGUGAAUGAAAGCAAAGUUUAAAGAAAAUUAUCUGGUAUGAGCACAUGAAUGUAGGUACAAUACCAUAAUUGUGCUUGUUAUGGCAAUUACGUAUGUACCAAGUAAGAUGUACAAGGCUGUGAUGACAAAUAUGUGUUACAUGUUACAUAUUUUAAUGUUAUUUUAUGUUAAUUAUAAGGCCAACUUUAAGAUAAUGUUUGUUUGCCCUCUCCCGACUCAGGCUGAAAAAAUUGGGUCAGUAGGUAGAUGGGAAUUUUUUUUCCACCAGAAAAUUUCAACCUCAAUGCUGAAUUUUCAAAAUCUAUUUUCUGGAAUGCAUAAAAAAAAUAAGUUUCUUGGAGGUUGAAAAAAUUGUUGAGUCAGGCCAUUUUUAGCCAGUCAGUCGGGAGAGGGCAACCAAACAAUUUUUUAAAGAUGGCCUAAUUGUUACCUACAGAUAUUAUACAAUGUUUACACUAUAUGACGUUACUGACUUCAGCCAUAGGAGAGACUGAUUUUCUAUAUAGCUGUUGUAUUCAAGUAUGACAAUGUUAAUUAAGAUUAAGCUUUAGGUGAAUCAAUAGAUUUAAUAAAAAAAAAAAAUUGAGUUUGUA